AUGGUAACUCCGGACUUUCUCUGCGCAAACUGGAGUGCGAACAGCACUGGCACUGCCACUGACUGCAAGGAAGUCGGCAGAUACAGCUGCAAGAGCUGUCUACUCGUCGUGUACUGCGGCUCGAAUUGUCAAAAGUCCCACUGGUCCACCCACAAAACAGAUUGCAAGUCUUUUCUAGGCAAAGAAAAAUGGACUCCCGACUGGGUUCUGGAGAACCGAAAACCAGCUUUCAUCGGUGCCGGAGGACCACUGGGGGUACAGUUUGGAGGGGAAAAAUACCUCUGGGGCAACAUUCCUGCUUUUGAUGUUCUCCAACUCGGAUCAAACGAAGGGAAUGAUUAUGGAGAGCAAUUAAGCUUCUUGUUUGCAGCUUCUGGCGACUUUCGAAAUAUUGUCAAGACUAUCGCACUGCUCCCAAAAAGCUAUAGCCAGCCUGUCGAUAUCACAAUGAACGACCUCGAUCUUGAUAUCGUAGCACGAAACGUUAUUAUGCUUCUUAUUGCCCUCACAGUCGACAAUAUUGACGAGGCCGCCGACUGCAUAAUCCACAUCUGGUACUCAGCUCUCAUUCGCAAGUCUGAUCUUAACGUCCUCCAACAGCGGAUUCGUCCUCUUAUAAAAGACGUUUGCGAAAAGAUAAAGAGCAAACUACCGAGUGCUAUUUUAGCAAAGACAUGGACAUUCGGACAGCGCUCGAUGAGACUCGUGCUACAAAAGUCGUCGUGGGAUAACCUAUUGUUCUACAUAAACAUCCCGGAAGGCCUAACGGCAGAACGGGCGAACCAAAUCCGCACAGCCGUUACCCUUCCUGAGUCUAGGAAGGACUACCGUGAUCGACAUUUGCUUCUUCAGUCUCGUUUUCAUCGGAUAGCAAAGAAUCGGUACUGGACAGACGGACUCCUGCUACCGUUUGGGUCUCCACGCAUUGAAUUCAAAGAACCAAACCCGACCUUCUUCCAGACUGCCGAUACGUGGCCGAUACGUGACAAUGCUGAUCCUCUCAACGGAUGGUCACUAAAGGACGUCGAAGAUAACUCUAGUGGGGCUGCGAGUAAUGAUAUUUACGGCAAGCUCUUCUACUACCUUCGCACAGAACUUCGGGCUUUUGUUCUUCGUCUCUCAGACUUGCAAGUAUCCUUUCGGCUUUUUCAGUUGAAUGCUUCAGAUCUUCCCAACCAUCUUGAAAGCAGUUCUUUCAGUCGUAUAGAGGUUGCUAAUAUUUCGGAUCGCGGAUACCUUGGAAUACACAGAACAGUUUUCUCCAUGAUGCCUUUGCUUCAGGGGCCUCUCGUUAAUCCGCAUGCAACCCUCAUUACUCUAUUCAUGAACGCCGUUGAUGAGAGCAUGACAAACAAAGACCAAAUGGCCUUAAUAACUAAGCAUAGCCCGGAGGCAAAACGCCUCCUCAGAUACCUCCCACCUAUUGACAUGGGAAUGUUGAUGAACCCUGGUAGUCCAGAUAUUAUUAAGUAUUUGUGCGCUCAGGAUAUUGUCGCGACCUACGACCACAUUUUCAAUCGGUACGAAAAUGACAUGAAGUUUUCUGAGACAGCGCAGUAUAUUGGGGCAGCAGUACAAGAAAAGCACGCUGUCGUCGAGAAGUGGCCAUUUAAGUUGAAACUCCGGGCUGGUCAGCCCGGAGCCCAAGAGGAGUUUGACCGGUUGCUACGUGGAGGGGUGUCAGGAAAGGAACGAUAUGUGGAGUGGAAGAGAAUCUCCAUGGGCGGAGACAAAACUGAAGACCAGAAACUUGGUUAG